GCGAAAUACGCGUAGGGCGUUGGACAGCGAAUGAGACAUGGCCAAGGCCGGUCAAGGCAGACUUCAGCAGCACAUUGUGGAGGGCUUGUAAUCGUUGGACUCCUGGGACAGUUUGCAUUCUCUCCCUCACACCCUCCUUCUCACGUAGCAUCUCCAUGCACACGCCGCAAGCAGCAUGUUCGCUAUGAGCACGACUGCAGUGCGGCAUAUCGUGCAGCUAUGCACUUUUGUAUGCGCGGCUUCAGCUCUGCCUCUAGAGAAUAUUACACUCCCGCUACCGAUCGGGACGUCGAACCAUGGAACUCCAGGAUUGCUUUGCACACCAACGAAGUGGACAGACGUUGUUCUGUUCUACCUGUUCAACUAUGUGGCGCAUGCAGCAACGGUACUCACACGACCUGGUGAACGCUCAGAUGACUUCAUGGUGUCUGUCAUCGGGAGCUUGCUCUUUCCCGCACUGGGGCUGUAUCGCGGUAUUGAGGCGAUACUCAGUCGAGCUGCGUUUGUCAGACAUGACAACCUGAGGAAGGCAGCGAGGAGCGGAGCGCUAUGUCUGGUUGUGCGUGGAAAAGAUUGGCGGCCACAUUAUGGGGACGAAGUGACAAAUGCGAUGUUCAGAAGAGCGAAGAAAAAAUUGGUUUCGAAGCUAGAGGGAGGCGCCUGUGAGUCUUUACCAGCAACAUGUGAGAGCGCCUGCGACCCAUCAGUACAUGUCCUCACGUACUCACCUCCGUGGCUCAAAUCUCAAUUUCGAACUCCAGUCUACGUUCAACGGCAAACCAUUCACGGAUCGUACACACUUCCCGAUGGUUACCGGUUUGCCAUCGUUCCAUCGGACGCACAGUUCACUGCAUCGGCAAGCCCUAACGCAAUCUCGGAAGUGUCUGCAACCCACAACAUGAUCAAAGCUCUCAUUGCGUUGGUACAGUCCUGCUAUGCACUUGCAACACUAUACCGGUCACGCGGAGACCAAAUCGAGCAAUUCGGAUAUGCUGCGUUUGGGUUGACAGUCGCGCCGUACGCUGUCAUGUCCUUGGUGAACCUACUAGGGAACUUAUGCAGACCGGAUUAUGCAUCCUUAUAUAUUGUAGAAAACAGCGUUCUAGAUGAGGCUCGAAGAAGAGGCGGUGUAUUCGAAGGCGCGGUGGGUCGCGUGCGUGAAGAAAGCACUACUGUUUGCGGCUGCGGAAUAUCUGACGCGGAGGACGCCGAGCACCUUCAAUUCAAAUCAAACAAAGACGGUGAGCUCACCGCAACCUUCCAUACUCCAGCGCCGCCGGAGAUAUGGCAUUCCCGCGGGGAGGAAGAGACGCAAUUUCCGGAAAAGUCAGGUUCUGUUUGCUCGUCCAUGUUCACUCAUUCACACGGUGUCAACACCUUGCCAUCUAAGCUCAACUAUACCAACACGGAGGACGACCCUGUCCUAAUCAUACCCUGCUGUAACCCUAUCGUGCGAGGCUCCGCGGUUCCUUGUCACGAUAACGAGUUACCCACCCAGCUUUAUCGCCUCUCCUCGCUGUCGCUCUCCAAGCCCUGCUGGCCGUUCACACACCGCGACUGGACGGUGAAGUUCACCUGCUCGACUCCAUCGCACUCGCUCCGUUUGCAAAUUAUCAAAUACCUCGUAACCACCCUUGUAGCGCUCACACCCCUGGCUGUUUACGGUGGCAUGUCGCAUUUCCAAGCGGGUUCGAUCCCACUAGAGGAUUCGUCAACGUGGAGAGCAUAUACUGUGCAGUGGCUAAUUCUAGGCGUGAUUUGUGGGAUAUGGUGGGUUGUGGACCAGGAAAACAAGGAUGCAAGGCUAAAUCGUGCCUGGCAAUUUGGACCCUUGAUGCGAGCGUGUGUGUAUAUAGUUAGUGCAAGUCCAGCUAUUGGGGGGUUCGUGGUGGUCGCACAAAUGCUGGUGAGGUACGGGGUGUGCGUGUGGGUCGGGGAUUAGUAUCGCAUGCCAAACUCUACGCGUGCCUAUGGCAAUUCCGUUUGAAGAGCGUAAAGGUACCUAAGUUAACACCAGAUGAGUAAUACAAAUGACUGUUCGGAGAGUGUAAAGAUGGCU